CCAUGAGCCUUGAGGUCCCUUCCAACCCUGGCCAUUCUGUGGUGGUAAGCACUGUGCCAGCGCCCGGCCCCAAGCACACAGUGCCAAGCAGACGUGAUGCCUGUGAGGAACAUCACUGCUGUGCGCUACCGCUGUCCUGACUAUAAUUAUAUAGCUGAAUGAUCCAUCCUGCGUACUGAUUUACUGUGAUCACCGAUCUUUAAGCCCCUAAGCAUACUUCAGCCUCCUCCCAGCACGACAACACGUCUGAAAUACGGCUAAGCCUUCGGAAAAAUCUCGCCGUUCGACAAGGCGACCUCAGCGCCGCUCCGCCUCACAGCAGCAGAGCAGCCCCCGCGCCCGCCCGUAGGCGUGAGGCGGGACGAGCACCGCAGCACAGCCCUCGCUCCUCGGCUCCAUCCGCAACGCCAAGCCCCGCUCCGGAGGCGGAAACGGGUCGACGGCAGCGGCGGAAGGGAGGUGCCCAGCCUCCGGUAGCGCCGCUCGUUUUUCUCUCUUCGCUCGCCGCUGGGAGCGGGCGGCAUGGCCGCGAGGCGGGCGCUGUUAGCGCUGCGGCCCCGCGGCGCCCUCCCGCCCGCUUCCGCCUCACGUCACCGCCUCCCGCCCGCCUGUCCGCGCGCGGUGGCCGCCAUUAGCGGCGGCGCGGGGUGGGGGCGGCGCUGCGGGGAGAGCGGUGUGAGCAGCUCCGCGCCUUCGUUUUUACAAAGCAAGGACAGCGUUUCCUUGCUGGGAAAUAGGAAGCUUUUUUUUGACACUCACGCUCUGGUGUGCCUGCUGGAAGGAAAUGGAUUCACUACUCAGCAGUCGGAGGUGAUUGUGUCUGCAUUCGUGAAAAUCGUGAACACCAACCUGGAUAUGAUUUACAAGGACAUGGUGACCAAAGUGCAGCAGGAGAUUGCUCUUCAACAAAUAAUGUCCCAUAUUGGUGGAUUGAAAAAGGACAUGAUUAUAUUGGAAAAAAGUGAGUUUUCAGCACUGCGUUCAGAAAAUGAGAAAAUAAAACUUGAACUCCAGCAGAUAAAGAAGCAAGUCAUGGAUGAAAUUACCAAAGUUCGUGCAGAUAACAAACUAAACCUAAACCUAGAGAAGAGCAGAGUAAAAGAAUUGUAUUCACUUAAUGAAAGAAAACUACUUGAAAUGAGGACAGAAAUAGUGGAAUUGCACGCACAACAAGAUCGAGCUCUGACCCAAACAGACAGAAAAAUAGACACAGAAGUUGCUGAUCUGAAAACAAUGCUGGAAUCGCACAAACUCGAUAAUAUUAAGUACUUAGCAGGUUCAGUAUUUACAUGCCUUACUGUAGCACUGGGAUUUUAUCGUUUAUGGAUGUAAUAAGGCAUCACUUUAAAGGGACUUCUACUGUCUUGUUUUCUGAAAAAGAAAAAAAAUCUUUGCUUGAACUUCAACCAAGCCUUGAAUGUUUUAUUUAUUUUUUUGUGAAGAAGACUGUAUUGAGAAUGUAACCAAAGAACGUGCCUAAAAACAAACUGUAAUAUGUCAUGCCUAUUUUGAACCUUACCUCUGAUCAAAGCACUUGUGCUAUUCUCCUUCAUUCUGAACUGCAGUAUGCCUUGCUGUUGCAAAAUGCCAUAUAAGCAAAGACUGACAGUCAUACCAGUUGUAUGGAGCUGCAUGCACUAGGAAUUAUGUUCUGUUGUCUGUUCAGAGCUUACCAGACUGUGCUUACCAGAGUCAGUUGCAUCUAUUGGACUGGAAUUAUGCUUAUAAAUAUAAAACUGAACUAAA